AUGCUCAAAAACGACCGUCUUGCCACUUUACAGCCUACGCUUCAUCCUACGUCCGAAGAAUUGGCCAUUGGGUCUGUGAGAUUCACCACUUUUGACUUGGGCGGCCAUCAACAGGCUCGUCGUUUGUGGAAGGAUUACUUUCCUGAAGUCAAUGGCAUUGUAUUCUUGGUUGAUGCCGCCGAUACCGAAAGACUCGCCGAAUCCAAGGCGGAAUUAGAGUCGCUCUUCCGUAUCGAGGAGUUGUCACAGGUUCCUUUCCUCAUUUUGGGUAACAAAAUCGACAAAUCCACCGCCAUUGGUGAGAUGGAAUUGAAGUCGGCAUUGGGAUUGUACAAUACCACAGGUAAGGACGUCACUAAAUUGCCCGAGGGCCAGAGACCAAUCGAGGUGUUCAUGGUGUCUGUGGUGAUGCGCAUGGGGUACGGUGAAGGCUUCAAGUGGUUGUCGCUGUUCAUCUAA